GGGAAACAUAAAAAAAAGCCGAAGCGAAGAGGAACGCGCGUGCUAGUGCGCAUAUUGGCCUAUAGAGGCGGCGCGUUUCUGUCAGGUUUCUCGCCCGCCUCUCGCUCUUUCCUGCUGGGGAACUCAACCGCGGCACACAGUGGCAAGUCUCUUCGCUACUGCUGCGCACGUAACGACACCUUCAGUCUGCAAAACACACACACACACACAUUUAUUCUUGAACACUACUUCAUUGCACAGAAUAGAAACACAGAAGAAAGAGGCGAAACCGUGUAACACUGAUCUUAAAAACAACAUCAACGACGGUAGAUCACGCAUUCAAAGGGUUGUACUUUUCUCCUUCUGUUUAUUGUUUUUUUUUUUGGAAUCCAAACCGUGUGCGUAGUGCGUUGCGCGUGAAUUACUCGUCAAACUGACGGAGCUUCACUGGCUGCCACACGGCUGCUCACCCACACACGCACAUACGCUCACAAGAAGAUCUAUCUGGCAUUCCGCAGUUUAUUUCUCUUCUUUCUUUUUUUUUCCUGUUUCUGUGCCUAAACAGCAACCCCACCUGAAAGAGAAAAACCCGUUGUGAUCUUCGUUGUACUUUUAAUAUAUAUAUAUAUAUGUAUUUUAGUGGCUUUUCGUUUCUGUUUUAUUUGAACCUCUUUGGCUUUCACCGUCAGUGCGUACGCGCACUCCAUUCGUUGUGCCUUCCUUCGAAGAUUUUUCCUUUCUCGUUUUUCAAUUCUGUUCGUCGCACGCGCUCACCUGUGUAUCGUGCCCGUGCGACAGGAAACCGCUUAAAAGUUGGAGGAAGUCUAGAGAACAAGGACUGUCGUUCGUUUCAUUCUUGCUUUCCAUUCUCUCUCAGUUUUAAUAGCUUUACGUCUUGCUUUGCUUUGUAUAGUAGUAGUACUUCUUUGCUAAGUUCAUGAACGCCUUUCUGUGUGGAUCGACCCCUCACGGCGCCAUGUCACCGCCGGGCAACUUCUCCGCCAUCCGCACCCGCUCCGCUCAGUUCUCACCUGACACCUCCUUAGUCCGUUCUGGUUCUUUUCUGCAGCCCGCCGGCGGUGAGAGCCCUCCGUCCCCGCUGAAGCCUUCGCAGUCCCCCGCGGCCCCGCCCGACGCGGAGGCGGAGGCGGUAGAGCCGCUCACUGUCAGCGCCGUCAAUCGCUUCGUACAGCGGCUCCAGCAGCUGGAGGACCGGGAGGGCGAUGAACCCGCUCGCCAGGCAGACACGGCGGCGAUGCCCGUUGAACGAAACGCGGUGCAGCCCUGUGGAGAGCCGUCGCCGCCCACCCAUCCGGCGACCACGCCAGCGCAAAGCGACGACGAAGUGACGGACAGCGAAGAUUUAGAGGUGUGCACGGCACACACGGCGCGGCAGGUGCGUGCGUUUCUGAAUGAUCUGAAGGACGGAGACUUCUCCCGUGGCCCCAGCCCGGUGCCGAGGAGAGUGGUGGACAGCGCAGCAGAAGAGAUUCGGCAGCAGCAGGAGCGUCUUGCAACGUGCUCGUCCGCGGAGCUGCGGACACUGGCGCUGGAGCUGCACACGGAGCUGGUGUGUACGCUGUACGAUGCGGUGACCUUGGAGGCGAACGUGAUUGAAACGGACGAGGACGCCGCCGUGCUGGAGCGCGCCGUCGACGAACGCGACGAGACGAUUGAGCUGCUCCGGGUGCAGCUGUCCACCACCAUGGACGACAACGUCGACCUGCACGAUGGUAAGGAAGCGGCGCUCCGCAAGUUGCGGGACGCGAAGACCGAGAUGGCCCUGCUAAGUCAGCGCUAUGCGAAGCUGCUGAAGCAGUUAGACCUGAAGAAAGAGGAGUUGCAGCUGAGCCUCAACACCAGCCUCAGCAACUCCCAGCGGACUUCUUUGGCGAUGGCAGGGCGGCGGGAUGUGGGCACGCUCACGGAGGUCUUCACAGCUCGUAGAGGCACGCAUGACCUGAGUGUGUCGACAACGGAAGCCGCAGCGGUGGACGACUCCCCACUGAGUCUUAGCGGGCGCUCCAGGUCCGGGGUGCACAGCGCGUUAGAGGAGACACAGGAUGAGCUGCGACUGGCACGCCACACCCUCUACGAAACCGAAAUGGAUCGCCUUCGGCUGCAGGAGCAGCUGCAGGAGCUGAGGGAAGCCACCAUGAGAAGCGAUAAUUGGAGCAGCUACUCCACGUACGCGGAGCGGUGCCAAGACGAGAUGCACGGGGCGGCGCGGCAGUCCGUGGAGGAGAGGUGUGAGAGGAGCGAAGAGCGCGCCGCCUAUUUAGAAAAAAAGGUAAGCGAACUGCACGAAGAACUGCGGACGUUAAAGGCGCCGAAGGAAACAGGAAAUGAAUUCUCCGUCGCAACAGCGGCGGUUGCGGACGUGGAGCGGAGCGCAAUACACGCAGCCCCGUCCAGCGACGCGGUGACGUCCACUGACUCCUCUUCGCAGGUCUUGCUGUCAGAGUCGCGGGGGUCGUCGACGGGGCGGAGCGGCGCCCGCACCCCCCUCUCUCUCAGCCAGACGCACUCCAUCAGUACAGAGGCGCAGAUGGUGGUGCUGCAGCGGCAACUCGCGCGGGCGAAGACGGAGACGGCGCAUCUUGAGCAGGAGCUGCGCAAAGAGCGCGAGAAGACUCAGCGGCAGAGCCAAUCGGAGAAGAAAUUGUUGGACAGCGUGAAGUACUUGACUCAGCAACUGCGCGCACGCGAGGCACAAGAGCGCGAUGCGCGAUCGCAUCGCCGGAGCGAGGCCGGCGCGGCACGCGGCGACGGUGAAGGCGAAAGCGGGAGCAACGGACGGCGCGGCAGCUACUCCACGAUGGACCGUGCGAGUUACGGUGGCUUUUCACAGCAUGAGGAGAGCAGCAGUAGUUGGGAGAUCAAAGAGGACAGUGGUAUUAAUAAAGGAGAGGUCAACGGUGCUGCAGGGAGUCGGCAGAACCACCGCCACGCCACGACGGAGCUGCCACUAUGA